CCUGGAAAGUAUCCUUACAAGAACGCCAACCAUAGCUUUCAGGAUGCUUUCCCUUAAUUACCACAGCCAUAACGAUCUGGCAUGACAAGGAGCACAGGAGGCAGCGCAGUGGCACAUUUAGUCUGCAUACUGCCCAGCCACCAAAGUGCAGCUGCGUGCUCUGAGUGGCAGUUACUCAAAUAUGCCUUUCGGACUGGCCAAAUACAUCCGAUUAUGUAAUUCGCAAGCUCUUCUGUGGCUCAAGUGGCAGGACCUUAUGCCAUGCAGGAUUACGGCCAGGGCCAAGUGGCUGUUUUUAAAGCGACUCCCCGCAACUGUGCCUUGCAUGCAGCAUUCCGAACCCUGUUCCUUCCACCCCGGACCCAGGCCAGCGCCGUAGUGCACACAUUACUUUGAGCCACGGAUAAUCGAGGGAGAUGUUGCCGGGUUUGGGGCCAUGUUGAACGCUUACCUCCUGCCCCAGCUUCGUAACUUGUGGGUAUGCCGGCCAUAUGCAGGUUCUGGUCCCCGUGUAAGGGAACAGAAUUUUCAGCAACUGAUGUACCAGUAAAUUUCCCUUAGGAAGUCACUUCCCUCCUGUAUCCAAGAAUGGAUAAACUAUUAAAAAUAAAUGCCAAGAAUAGCCUCGGUUAUCUUGCUCCUCCUCUCUGACCUAACUGCUCAGCUUUCUCAGCCUUCCUUCUCUCUGGUGGGACUUUGCUCCCUCCCAACGCCAACGGUGUUUAACUGUUUUGGAAGGGGCUUCCACCCAGUUUUGUAGGCUGUAUAAUGUGUAACAGUAUUAAGGAAUGGCUGGACGGUGGGGGGGGCGCUCCACUCACCAGCCCCCUCCCUGCUUCCCUGCCUUUUGCCGAGUCUGCUCUCUCCGCUUACCUGCAGCUUCGAAUGCAGGGCUCGCUGCAGAGGGUCCUCGGGGGUCUCGGGCGCAGUGGGGCGCAGCUGCAGGGCCACGGCUGGAGGCUGCCGGGGGCCAGGGGGUGCUCCCACCUGUGCCGCGCCAUGAGGCUGGUCCAGUUCUGCAGCAGAGGCUCGGCCGCUGAGCCCCGGAUCGGCCUGGAGGCGGAGGAGGGAGGAGACGUGGUCGACCUCUGCGCUUCUGAGCCCUCUCUGCCCAGGACCAUGCGGGCCUUCCUGGAGGGCGGAGACGCAGCGCUCGCGGUGGCCAGGAGAGCGCAGGCGUCUGGCCAGCACAUCCUGCCCCGGGCCCAGCUGACUCUCCUGGCUCCCAUCACAAACCCCGACAAAGUGAUCUGUGUCGGCAUGAACUAUAAGGAUCAUUGCCUGGAGCAAAAUGUGAGCAUCCCCACGGAGCCAAUCAUAUUCAGCAAGUUCUCCAGCUCCAUCGUGGGGCCCUAUGAUGACAUCAUCCACCCAGAAGAAAGCAGCGAAGUUGACUGGGAAGCAGAGCUGGCCUUUGUCAUUGGGAAGAAAGGGAAGCACAUCCAGGAGUCCCAUGCCAUGGAGCACGUGGCUGGGUUCACGGUUGCCAACGACGUGAGUGCCAGAGACUGGCAGAUGAAGAGGAACGGGAAGCAGUGGCUUCUGGGGAAAACCUUCGACACCUUCUGCCCGCUGGGGCCAGCCCUGGUCACCAGGGACUCCAUCUCAGACCCCCACAACUUGGGCAUCCGCUGCCGAGUGAACGGGACCCUGGUCCAGAACAGCAGCACCAAGCAGCUGAUCUUCAGAACGGAGGCGCUUGUGGCCUGGGUCUCCCGGUUCGUCACCCUGUACCCGGGAGAUGUCGUCCUCACAGGGACUCCCCAUGGAGUCGGAGUUUUCCGGAAGCCCCCCGUCUUCCUGAAGAGAGGGGAUGAAGUGCAGUGUGAAAUUGACGAGCUGGGAACCAUCCGAAACAGGGUCGCAUGACGGUCUCCCUGGCACCGCUUCAGCCGGCUGUCCUGCCUGUACUGACUCCAGUCAUGAGCACCAAUUCAGGAAAGUCUGCAAAAGAGGCCACGGGGACUGUCCUCCCGGCAGGAGUUGCAAGACUGAGGCGGCAGACAGGGCUGGAUCCAGUCCAGGAGAACAGCACCAUUUCUGGUGCAAGACUGGCUGUAGCCUGCGCAUGUGCUUUCCCCUGAAGCAGCACCAGGUUUCCCCGUUCCGACUCAGAAUAAAGCAGUGUGGAACUUGGACCAGA